AUGAAGGGGUGGUAUACUAUCGGCAUUGCGCUGUUCGCAGCCAUUGGUACUUUUCUAUUUGGAUUUGAUACCGGCAUAGCCACUACCACCAUCGCGCACCAAAGUUGGGUUGACUAUAUGCAAAAUCCAUCAAAGGGACUCACUGGGGCCGUUGUCGCUGUCUAUAUUGCGGGCGAAGCUGUCGGUGCGUUGACGCAGACCUUCGUUGGCGAUAGGCUUGGCAGAAUUCGCUUUAUGCAGAUGAUGUGCAUCAUAGUAACCAUAGGCACCAUCAUUCAGACGGCUGCGGUCAAUAUUGGAAUGUUCCUGGCAGGGCGUGCACUGGCCGGGUAUGCUGUCGGUGGUAUGGUCGCCACCGUUCCCAUUUAUCUCAGCGAAAUCUCGGCGCCAGAACAACGAGGGCUCAUCGGUGGCAUAUCCGGUUGUGGCAUCUCCUUUGGCACAAUGAUGUCAAACUGGGUUGGCUUCGCUUGCGGCUAUGCGCCAUACGGACCGACCCAAUGGCGCUUGCCCCUUGGGAUCCAGAUUCCAUGGGGUGUGAUUAUGUUUUUGGGGCUAUCCACCUUCAUGCCCAACUCCCCGCGACAGUUGCUACGAAGCGGCAAGGUGGACUACGCGCGGCAAGAAUUCAUCAAGAUCAGAAGAGAUCUACAAUCUCAUGAGGUGCAGGAAGAAUUUGCUCUCAUGAGAGCUCAGAUCGAAUAUGAGAUGUCCCGUGAGAUCAAAUCUUACCGGGAGGUCUUCAAGCUAUAUCGUCACCGAGCUCUCGUCUCUAUAGCCGUCCAGACCAUGACAAGUCUUACUGGAGUCAACGUGAUCCAGUACUACCAGACGAUUCUAUACCAGUCCCUUGGGAUCGAGGCACAUACUAUACUGGCCUUGGCUGCCGUAUAUGGCACCAUUGCGUUUACCUCCAAUGUCCUCACAACGCGAUACCUGACAGAUCAAUGGGGACGCCGCAAGAUGAUCAUCGCUGGCCUGGCGGGUAUUAUUGUAAUCGAGAUAUACGCAGCUGCGAUGCAACGCGUUUUCCAAAACACCGACAACAGAGUUGGCAAGGGUUUCGCCAUCUUGGGUAUCUACCUCUUUGUUGUCUGCUACUAUGGUAUGCUCAACAGCACAACUUGGCUUUACGGUGCCGAAGUCUUGCCAAUUGCACUGCGGAGUAAGAUCAUGGGGCUCGCAGCGGCGAGUCACUUUAUUGUCAAUGUGGGUGUGACAGAGGCGGGUCCGAGUGCCUUUGCCAACAUCAAGGAGAACUACUACUACGUCUUUGUAGGAUGCACAUUGUUCUUCCUGGUUCUGGCGUGGUUUUAUUUCCCCGAGACCCGACGCAAGACGUUGGAAGAGAUUGCGAGCGCUUUUGGAGACGAGGUUGUAGAGAUCGGCGAGACAGACGUGCGCAGAGAACAGCUUGGCAUGGCUAAGAGCAUUGGCGAUGAUGAGGCUGGCGUCGAGCAGGUGGAAGAGACCGUCAAGCCCGCGGGUCGCAUUUGA